AGGAGGAGGUUCUCCCUGAUCAGCAGCACUGUGAGCAGGAGUGGAGCCCCAGUCUGGGGCAGGAGAACCCAGUGCUUCCACAGAUUAAAGAGGAACAGGAGGAACUCAGGACCAGUCAGGAGGAAGAGCAGCUUCAAGGGCUGGAGGCUGAUUUCAAAUUCACUCCUUCCUGUGUGAAAAGUGAAUGUGAUCAGGAGGACCCACUUCAGCCCUUCACUUCUCCCCAAACCCAGACUGUGGAGAACAGAGAGAGUGAUCCUAAACAAGUGGAACUCACACCUUUUGUUACUGUGACCCACCUUAAGGGCCUCUACAUUCCCUGUGACCCUCCAGAUAAUCAGAACAAUGCCUCCAGACAAAUCUCAGCCGUAAGCAGCGACCCAGCAGCACUUGACUGCAGCCGCCAUUGGAUCCAAAUCCAUCAGUGGUGGAACACUGUUUCAAACCCAGCACCACGUCUGGAAAAACAUUUGCAGAGAGAACUGACCUGCAGAGGCAUGUGACUCUCAUCAGGAAGAGACUCAGUGAAUGUCGCUUGUGCUUAAAACACUACAACUCCACCUGUAAACUGAAGGCCCAUGUCUGCCUCUGUCACAGUGGGAAACCCAACACCUGCCCUGUUUGUGGCAAGACCUUCAAUCUCAAAGUAGAUCUGUCCAAGCACAUGAGGAUUCACACAGGGGAGAAACGUUAUUGUUGUGGUGACUGUGGGAAGAGCUUUAGUCGCAAGUGGACCCUAGCCGCACAUAUACAGAUUCACACAGGAGAAAAACCAUUUAACUGUGCUGACUGCGGGAAAAGCUUCAAUUUGAAGGGGAAACUUAGGAAACAUAAACAUACUCACACAUGAGAGAAAUAAUUUAGCUGUGGAGACUGUGGGAAAAGCUUCAAUCAGAAGGGGGCCCUAAUUAAGCAUAUACGAACUCACACAGGAGAGAAAUUAUUUAGCUGUGAUGAAUGUGGGAAAAGCUUCCAUUUAAAGGGGAACCUAAAGAAGCAUGAACUGACUCACACAGGAGAGAAAUCAUUUAGCUGUGGUGACUGUGGGAAAAGAUUCAAACGCAGGGAAAACUUAAUUAUGCAUAUACUGACUCACACAGGAGAGAAACAAUUUAGCUGUGGUGACUGCGGGAAAAGCUUCUCCCAGAAGGGGAACCUUAGUAGGCACAUACUGACUCACACAGGGGAGAUGCCAUUUAGCUGUGUAGACUGUGGGAAAAGCUUCAGCCAGAAGGGGACCCUAACGGUGCAUAUACGGACUCACACAGGAGAGAAACCAUUUAGCUGUGUAGACUGUGGGAAAAGCUUCAGCCAGAAGGGGACCCUAACGAUGCAUAUACGGACUCACACAGGAGAGAAACCAUUUAGCUGUGUAGACUGUGGGAAAAGCUUCAGCCAGAAGGGGACCCUAACGGUGCAUAUACGGACUCACACAGGAGAGAAACCAUUUAGCUGUGUAGACUGUGGGAAAAGCUUCAGCCAGAAGGGGACCCUAACGGUGCAUAUACGGACUCACACAGGAGAGAAACCAUUUAGCUGUGUAGACUGUGGGAAAAGCUUCAGCCAGAAGGGGACCCUAACGGUGCAUAUACGGACUCACACAGGAGAGAAACCAUUUAGCUGUGUAGACUGUGGGAAAAGCUUCAGCCAGAAGGGGACCCUAACGGUGCAUAUACGGACUCACACAGGAGAGAAACCAUUUAGCUGUGUAGACUGUGGGAAAAGCUUCAGCCAGAAGGGGACCCUAACGGCACAUAUACGGACUCACACAGGAGAGAAAUAAAUAAGCUGUGAUGUGUGCGGAGGAAGCGUCACUCGAAAGUCUAACUUACUGAUCCAUGUGGAAAACAGGAUGAAAACUGAAAGAAAACAGAACAUUUGUACAAAGAACUGUUUAGUCACAAGAUGAGAAUAAAAAGAUAGGAUGUGGACAAUACUCUGAGUACACGCUCAUGGACUCACAUCUAUUGGUUGGUGGAGG